AUGGAUUUCCAAAUUGUUCCUUGGUUAUCUGUGGUCAUUGUCAGUGUGUUUGUGUAUCUCUUGUUUAAGAAGUUAAGGAUGGAUAAGACGGGGCCUCCACUUCCUCCUGGACCUCCACCUUUGCCAUUACUAGGAAAUCUCCUUCAAAUGGGAGGAGGAAAGGCCACUGAAGUUCUGGUGGCCCUUUCUCAGCAGUAUGGUCCUCUUAUAACUCUCCGUUUCGGCUUGAAAACUAUAAUGGUAGUCUUUUCUCCUGCGAUGGCCAAAGAGGUUCUCAAAACCCACGAUCACAAUCUUGCUGGAAGAUGGGUUUUACAAGCAGCCAAGACCCUUGAUCAACACAAGUCCUCAAUAGGCUGGGCUGAUUAA